UUGAACGAGUAAAAUCUAUGGUUCUCCAUCUCUCUCAAAAACACUCCCCCUUCUUUUCAUUUUUGCGGUUUGUUCCUAGGGUUUGCGAUCAUGCCUGUAGAGAAAAUUGCAGUCGGCGCUGCUCUUGCGGUAUUGAAACCUUUAAUCAGUGCAAUUUCUGAAGAAACUAAGCGAGCAUGGGGCGUAGGUGAGAAGUGGUCAAAGCUGGGGAGGACUUUGGAAGCAAUUGAAGAUCUAUUUGCUUCGGCAGCUGAUGAAGAAGGGGGUAAGAAUCUUGAAAUGGAAAAGUGGUUGCAAAAGCUUCAGUUUGUUGUUUAUGAUAUUCAAGAUGUCAUGGAUGAUUUUUCUUAUCAAUCAAAGCAUUAUCAAAAGCACAAGGUAAAAGCCCUACUUUCACUCUCCAACCCAGCGUUAUUUGCUUUCCAAAUGUCCCGUAAAAUUAGUUUGAUCAAUGGAAAUUUAGAUGAAAUUCAUAGGAAUUGUGAACAUUAUAAGGUGAAAAGGGCUGGAACUACUUACCAGAACAAUCAGACUAGUGCAGAGUACCGUAAUAGGCUAGAAUCAUCUCAUGGGAGAGAUCCAGAAGUCUUUGGUAGGGAGAAAGCAGUUAGGGAAAUACUGCAGUUCAUGAACCAAACAGUUUCCCCUUCAUUACCUGUAAUUGCUUCUUCUGACGAAACAAAUAGCGUGUCUACAUUAUCCAUCGUGGGCAUGGGAGGUUUGGGCAAGACUGUGGUUGCCAAAUUGGUAUACAAAGAUGCACCCUCAAGCUUUGAGCUAAAAUCUUGGGUGUGCCUCUCAGAGAUUUUUGAUGUGUACAAGAUUUUAGGACAGAUUGUACAGUCGAUUACUGGCAAGCAUUAUGACGAUCCAUCAAAUGUGCAUUAUGCCAUUAUGACAAUCCAUCAAAUGUCGAAGCCUUCAUACGACAAGUCAGAGACAUGCUUAGAGGUAAAUUUUUUUUGAUUGUUCUUGAUAAUUUAUGGAAUGAGUAUGAUAAGGAUUGGCAAAAGCUCAAGAGUUUCCUCGACUAUGGUGGCUGCGGAAGCAAGUUAUUGAUCACUACGCGCAGCCAAAAGGUUGCGUCUUUGGUCAGAGGUAACAUCUACAGUUUGGAUAGGUUAUCAGAUGGAGUUUGCUGGUCCAUUUUACAAAAGAAAGUAGGCGGAGCAGAAGUACUGACACAAAAUAUGAUCAGGAUUGGUAAAGAUAUAGCAACAAAGUGUAAAGGGUUACCCCUUGCAGCAAUAUCACUUGGAAGUCUGAUGUAUUCGAAGAGGGACGAAGCUUCCUGGUCAGCAAUCUUAAACGAUAACAGCUUGUGGGAUGAGUAGGAAGAACACGAAAAGCUCAUUUCCAUACUGAAAUUAAGCUAUGAUUGCCUGUCUUGUCCUUUACAAACUUGUUUCUUGUAUUGUUGUAUAUUUCCAAAGCACUGGGUGAUAGAAAGAGAAAUGCUUGUUGGAUUAUGGAUGGCCGAAGGAUUCCUUACCUCAUCAGGCCGUGGAGGAAAGCCAGUAUCAUCUGAAGAUUUGGGUAAUGCAUAUUUUGAAAAUUUGGUUUGGAGUUGUUUCUUUCAAGACGUGGAGUUGGAUGCCUUCGGUGCUAUUCACAGAUGCAAGAUUUGGUGCAUGAUCUUGUAACCAGCCUUCUACGUCGUGAUGAGUUUAUGACUGUGAUGCUUGGAGAGAAGAAGGAAAAUAUCUCAAAGGUUCGUCGUGUACGGUUCCAAUCUGGUGAGGGAACUUCAGCAUCUCUUGAACCCCUUACUAAUGCCACAAAAUUGCGCACAGUUAUUGCUCUCAACCAAAAGGGCUUUCCCUGUAUUGAUUCUCUGUUUCAGCAUACGUGCCUCCGAGUUUUGUGUGUUAUCAACAGAGAUUGUUUCAGCAUAUGCUCACUCUCUUCGGAACCUGAUUUCUCCAACUUAUGGUCUACUCCUUCUAUUUCCAAUCUGAAGCACUUAAGCUAGGGUCCCCAAUUAUUGUUCCAAGGCCCCCAAUUCAGCCUUGCAAGAUUAAGGCAUCUUAAUUUGAAGAAUAGUCGGGUCCAAGUUUUACCACCAUCAUGCAUCGACAAACUCUGCAAUCUGGAGCUGGUGACUUUGGGAGAACAUUGUGAGUUCCAAAGGAAAUUAACAACUGGCCGAAGCUCCGAGUCUUUAGGUGCGACAGUUACGAUAACAGAAAUAGAAUGCCUAAAGGUGUAGAUAGACUUAUUUGCCUUGAAAAACUGGAUUACAUGGUUGAAAAUGGAAGUCCCGACAGUGGUAGUGGUGUCUAUGAUUUAGCAGACUUAAAUGCUCUUCAAGAUUUACUCAGAGUGAAAGUUGAGAAUGUGAGGGGAGGAAAAGAAGGCGCCGAGACAGCAAGGCUAAAGGACAAGCAGCACCUUCGCUCUUUGCGUCUAUCUUGGCUUCCCAUUAGUGUAGAAGAAGAGAAGGAAGAGGAAGACGAAACGCAAUACAGAAGCGUGGAUGAUACCUUGGUGUUGGAGGGUCUGCAGCCUCCCCCAGGUUUGUUACAUAUUGAUAUCUAUAGAUUCUCCGGUGCAAAGCUUUCAAAGUGGAUGGUUGGUUCUUCUCUAUCACUUUGCCUUCCGCAUCUGCGUUCGUUAACUUUACUAAGUCUUGGUAAAUGUGAGCAGCUUCCAGCAUUGGGCAUGCUCCCAUCUCUUGGGGUUUUGAUGCUUGGUGAUAUGAGAUCAGUGAAGCGUCUCGGUGAAGAGUUUUAUCAUCAACAAGAAAACAAAGCCGAAGGACAGGUUUUUUUCCCUUGUUUAUAUUCAUUGAAUCUCAAAUUGGAAAACCUAGCAGAAUGGGUUGCUCCUCCUCCUUCUUCUUCUUGUUUCCCUUCACUUCUAUGAUUGGAGGUCAGAGGUUGCAAGAAGUUGAGAAAGUCACCAAUAACUUUGAUGGCUUCUCUUGAAGAAUUGUUUUUGCAUGAUAUCAAUGAUGAUAUGGUAAACUUUUUGGUCAAGGAAGGAGGAGUAAGAGGUCUGACAGGACAUAUUAUUAUACUUGAAUCUCCGGACUUAUUUUAUUUACCACCAGUGGGCGAACUAGUGCAACACAGCGCACAUCGUCUUAGCAUUUGAUGAGGUACUAAACAACAGCAACAACACUUCUUUGAGAUGGCUGACUUUAGCGCUUUGCCCUUCUUGACGGCUCUACCAGAUUUGCGACCGAUCACUACUCUCCGAAAAUUGUCUAUUCUCCGAUGCAAAGAGCUAAGCAAGGAGUCGGUUCCCUAUGAUCUCAAGGAAUCUCUCUCAUUUGUUGAAGAAUUCGAUGUUGAUUUUCUUGAAGAAAAAACGACUGGGUGGUGGAAGUCCUUCAUUCCCGCGUGCAGUACCUGAAUGAAUUACUAACACCAGGUUUUUGAGGCCUGUUGUUGCUGGUGUGAGGAAAUUAUCUUCUCUUUUGCAGUCGUCUUUGCACGUACGUAGCUGGGACUUGUUUAGUCUCCUUCUCUCUACUCUUCCUGAGUCCACUCCUUCAUCGCUCUUUGACCGUCAUAGCGGCAUAAUUCCCAUUACAUACCCUUCUCUCAACUUUUUUUUAUGUUCUCUGUUGCACUAAUUUUGUCUUCUGACUGGUCACUUUCUCUUUUUUGCUUUCUAAGCAUAUGCUUCUUAACUGCUAUCUUUAAUUUUGUGAUGUAUUCAAGAUUCUGAUGUAUUCUCUGCAUCCUCAAUGAAUUCUCUUUAUGAAUCAAAAUAGAAAAAAAUUUGUGUUGUUUUCCUGUU